CGCGGGGAAGCAUUUGAGAGUGGGACCGCGAGAAGCCGCUUGUAAACAGAGCCGGGCCGGGAUGGUCGGCGGCAGGAGCGGAGCCGCUGGCGGUGAGGAGGGCGGGCUGCCUGGGUCGGGGCCCUGCCGGGAGUCGGCUGCAGGCCGCGCGGGCGACCGGACCCAAGCCACGGAAAUCCAGGAUUGGUGCGGCAUUGCUCUGACAAAUGCUGCCCUGCUGUCUUCACAGAGGUCUCCAAGAGUAAGCUCCCCAUGUGUCUGUGCCUGGCCUCCUCUGGGCAGCCAGAUGAAGGGUACUUCCACUGGUUCCCACGGCUGCACUGCUGAACCACUGCUCUGUGUUGGCUGAGUGUUCGUGACAGCCUCUCCUGAAGUAGUUUAGGAGGCUUAGACCGCUUGAACCCUGUGUCAUGGAAGCUUUGGAAGUGGAUGACAUCAGCCCUGCCUUAGAGGUGACUGAGGACUUCUUUAGCACUUUUGAUAGUAAGCUGGAAAAGGCCGUGCAGCAAACAGAGGUGUACGGGAUCCAGGAAGUCCCUGAGCUGGUGGGGCACGAGGUACUCAGUAACAUAACAGACAAUGGUGCUUUGAGAAGUGUCGCCUCCCUGGGCAAGGGGACCAUGAUUUGGGACCACUGUAAGAGCAGGCUCCUAGAAACCAAAGCUCAAAAUGUCUUCCCUGCCAAAGAACAGCUUCUGGUCCAGAGAGGGACAGCCCCAGAUAACCUCUCCUGGAUGGAGCAAAAGGAAGCGUCAACCUUCAACUUUUUCAACAUCUGUCAGCGUCGGAGGGACAGACCUCGCUCUGUGAAUGACUUAUUGGAUGAGACCACCACUUUCAAGCCAGGACAUGCCCGGUCCAGGUCCGACAUCACCCACGUAGACUGGCGGCUGCUCCUCAGCACCAUGCCUUCUCAGCAGCAGCAGCAGCAGCAGCUAGCCCUUCAAGGCCCUCACUUUGCCAGGCCAUCUUUCCUGUUGCCUUCGCCCAGUAAGGUUGAAGACGCCCAAGGAAAUACAGAACACAAGCAGACGUUCCCAAACAUACUGAAGAAGGGCUAUCUGGAGAUCAGGCAGAACCACGACAGUUACUGGCAGAGCUGUUACGCCGAGCUCUCACCCUACAACUUACACUUGUACAGCCUCGACAGCAGCGGGAACCAAAGCCUGUACGCCACGUACCAGCUGCCACACUUCCGGAGCGUAUCUGUUCUGGGCAAUCUGGAGGCCAGGGUGGUAGACACUGUUCUCUGUGACAAUGCUCAGCUGCAGUUAAAGGCGGAGUCUCCGUGGGAGGCACUGGACUGGGGGCAGAAGCUCUGGGAAGUUGUGCAUGCUGCUACACCCAAUGGCAUGGGCCGGCAGGAUGAGCUGGCAAACUCCCCGGGAUUUGGCCAUCAUGUUGACUGUACACAGAACCACUGUUUACAGAAGACAUCCAGUGGGCUGCUGUCCACCCCUGUCUUGGAGAGCCCCAAACAGUACCAAAACAUCCUCAAAUCAGGGACACUCUACAGAUUGACCGUCCAGAACAACUGGAAGGCGUUUACGUUUGUGCUGAGCAAGGCCUACCUGAUGGCCUUUCACCCUGGCAAGCUAGACGAGGAUCCCCUGUUGAGCUACAAUGUGGAUGUGUGUCUGGCGGUGCAGGUAGACAACCUGGAUGGCUGUGACUCUUGCUUUCAAGUCAUUUUCCCCCAAGAUGUCCUCCGCCUCCGGGCUGAGACCCGCCAGAGGGCUCAGGAAUGGAUGGAGGCUCUGAAGACAGCGGCCAACGCGGCCAGGAGUUCCGAGCAAAACCUGCAGGUCACACUGAGGCACAAACCCACAGAGCAGAUAGGUGGCCGCGAGCUGCGGAAGAACAAGCGUCAGUCGGUGACCUCCAGCUUCUUGAGCAUCCUGACAACCCUGUCUUUGGAGCGAGGACUCACCGCUCAGAGUUUCAAAUGUGCAGGAUGCCAACGAUCUAUUGGUCUUUCUAACGGCAAGGCCAAGGUGUGCAAUUACAGUGGGUGGUACUACUGCAGCAGCUGCCACGUGGACGACAGCUUUCUCAUCCCAGCAAGAGUUGUUCACAACUGGGACACUUCAAAAUAUAAGGUGUCCAAGCAGGCCAAGGAGUUCCUGGAGUAUGUGUAUGAAGAGCCCCUGAUCGACAUCCAGCAGGAGAACCCCAUACUGUACCUCCAUGCAGAGCCGCUGGCCACCGUGGUGCGGCUGCGACAGCAGCUGAAGUCGCUCCGAGCCUACUUGUUCAGCUGCCGGGCGGCAGUGGCAGAGGACCUGCGCCGCAGGAUUUUCCCCAGAGAGUACCUCCUUCAGCAGAUCCACCUGUAUUCCCUCGCUGACCUGCAGCAGGUGAUAGAGGGCAAGCUGGCUCCGUUCUUGGGCAAGGUCAUUAAAUUCGCCACCUCACACGUCUACAGCUGCAGUCUUUGUAGCCAGAAAGGGUUCAUCUGCGAAAUCUGUAACAAUGGCGAGAUCCUCUACCCCUUUGAGGACAUUUCAACAAGCAGGUGUGAGAGCUGUGGCGCCGUCUUCCAUUCCGAGUGCAAAGAGAAGUCCGUCCCCUGCCCGCGGUGUGUCCGCCGGGAGCUGCAGAAGAAGCAGAAGUCCUUCUGGCGCCAGCUGAACGUGGACGAAAGCCUGGAGGAGGCGUGCACCAUGUUCGAGCUGUCCUACCAGAACACCUGACUGCAGGCCAGGCUGCUCUCACCCACCACCGCCGGAGGGGCCACUCAGGCCCGUGCAGAUGAGGCUGUUUCUUCUUCAGCUAGAUGUAGAUAUCUAAGUUAUUUAUUUAUAUUAUACACACCUAUACGUCCUGUACGUAUGCUUUGUAUAACCCACUGUCCAAGAGGUCCACAGAGAUCCUGCGGCUGAACUCCUACCAGAUAGCUGGGUUACACUUGGCCAUGAAAUUCAGCUGCUUGCUCCCGGCAACUGUGGUUUACACACAUUGCUCUGUAGUUCAGACCCCUAUACUCACACCGGCUCUAAGGGCUGGGCUACCGCACAGGCAUCAGAAGAAGCAUCUCCCACGGCUAAGCUCGGGGUUGUCGCUGAGUUUUAGCCUUUGCUAGAGAAACCAAGGUGGAGACCACUGUCAUCUGCUGCACAUGGAAAUCUACAAAACACGGUGCUUCUGGAUCCUUCCAGGCGCCGGAGUCCUUGGCAGAGACUGGAACAAUGAAGCAGAGCUGCACAGCAGAAACCCAGAGGGUCCCUCCCUCCGACAGAAAACACGAGGAGCAGAGCUGCCCUGGGUUUGAAAUUAAUCCCUGAAAGUGACUACAGAAGGCCCUCGGUGGCCAGUCACUGCAUGUCCUCCAUCUGUUUGCUGGUACGAAGCCCAGCAACUGCCUGAUGGUACCUGCCAGAGUGGGCACAGACAUCCUAAGAACAGGUUUCCAAGCAUGGUGUGGAGGAUGUUUGUUAUCUUUUUCAUAGUGCGGGCCGGGAGGGAAUGUCCCAGGAUUGUCCUCAAGCAUAUCCGUGCAUAGACUGCUAGGCGCACACCACACACAUCUUGGGGGACACGAUGUUUUCUCUCCUGGAGUCCUGCAUGGGCAGUGCCCACCUGUCAUUUUGAAUGUUGUGUUUCUCAUUGUCCUUCGGAGCACUUUUGACCCUUCACCAGUCCAUGAGACGCCUCUUGCUUUUGUAUCCUGGGUGUUCUGUUUGUUUGGGAUGGGGGGUCUUUUAAGAAAGGGGCUGGCUGUAUAUCCCUGGCUGGCCUCAAACUUGUGAUCCUGCUGCCUCAUCCUCCAGAUGCUGGGAUUACGGGUGUGCGCCAACAUACCUGCCCUGGCUUUACUAGUUUUUAAUUAUUUAAAAAAAUUAUUUACACUUAAAAGUUAUACAAUUAUUAAAGAGUAACAUUUUGAAAAAUAUCAACCUAAAUUAUUAAGAAAAUACCAAACGUAAAUAGAAUUCAUGAAUUUAACAUUAUUGAAAUAAGUAGAUAUAGACAUACAUAAUUGCUACCUUACAGUAACAAAAAAGUAAACACUGUCGUAGGAGCGAGAAGUGAAUCGCUUCGCCCUUUGGAGGGUAGCAUCCUCCCCCUGCGGUCCCCUCCUAAGAGCCUGUGUAGUUAUCACUGUGACCAAGAUGGCUGGUGGGUCGGCGCUGGGAACCGAUGGCCCGCGUUCGUUCCUGCUGCCUUAACAGGAAGUAACUCGUUCGUCUGUCUUUCACGCUGAGCUGAUGCUGCCGUGCUUCCCUCCUUCCCCUUUCGGGAUCGUCCCUGCUCCUCAGAUCUGGGGGGACGCUGGCUCACCAAGCAUGCGUCCCUUUCCUCUCCAUGCCCAUCCCUGCAGGCACCUGCUCUUGACGCUCUGUCCACUGGGAGACUGUCAGCGGACUUGUGCGGCUAGGGGUGAGCAUUCCACCCCUCAGCCCACACCGUUUCCUUUGGCCCCCGACCACGAAGUUCAGCGCUACACAUGCGUUUAUUUCCUGGCUACCUGGAAGCUAUAACCAAGGCAUGAAACUUGGUAAAAGGCCAGGGCCCCAUUUACCAGACACCUCCCGGUGCCUUUUUUAAACUCUUGGAAAAGGUUGACGCCCCCUCACUGGAGUGGUAGGGAAUGUUGCGCACAAAAGGCAAGGGUGGGCAGUCUCCAACACUUGGCAAAUAGGCAAACAAACUUGAGAAUCUCCCUUCCUCCUCCCCUGCGUGAAAUACAGUAUUUAUACUUUCCAGCCUCGGAGAAGAGAGCAGAACAGGAUCUUUCACGGGAGAAUUAUAGACCUGCUUAUUAGGAAACAGAUGUGCUCCCGUGGCACGGUGCCUUCUCUCUCCACCCCCAAGUCCCUGUCACUGCCGCUUAGACUGACUUUGCUGUAAUUCAUGUAUCUGUGAUUCUGACUGUCAGGGAGGCUGUUCCCAGCACCCUGAGCAUGGAGACCUGAACACACGCACACACACGCACGAACACACACACAUGCGCACGAACACACACACACGCGCACACACACACACGCGCACACACACACACACACACACACACACACACGCAGGUUUGCCCUGUGUACAGAACUCACAGGUACCCAAGGUCAGACCUGCUCAAAGUCAAGGGUGAAAUCUGAAUCCCUGCUCUAGACACCUGAGUUGUCCCCAGUGUCCCCUUAGAGGGCCCUGCUGUGUGUGUGUGAGCAGACCUUGGGAGCUCCUAAGAACUUUGCCCAGACAUUGCUUUUUGCUUACUUUUUUAAAGGGGAAAAAGGUAAAUGCACUGUCAUCAAUGAUCUGGAACUGGAGCCAUGUCCCCGCCGCCGCCGCCGCCGCCGCCGCCGCCGCCGCCGCCGCUUCUGUUUUCUCUCUUGUAUAUCUCUGGUAGCCUGGUCCAUGCCAGCCCUGGGCUGGCAACAGCCAUCUCUGCCACCACCACCCAAAUCUGAUAGGACACAGUGGAGCCAGUUUAGGAGUUGGGUCUACCAUGAAAAUUCAAAAUUGCUAUUUUCGGCCCAGAAUGCUAUAGAGUGCAUGAAGGCCCUUACUGUUUUGAGGUCUAACAAAUUACUUGGUGCAGUGUUAGGUAAUUGUUCUACUGCUUAGAAACCACCGAAACAAAAGCAAGCCUGUGGAUUUCCACCUCCUUAUUUUGUCUCAGUAAAUAUCGUACACGUUAAAGCAUAAUGGAAAACGGCCCGUUAAUCUCCUGGAGCUGGCUGUGGAGUCCGGGGAACUGCUUUUCACUAAACAGCCCAUUCCCUGGUUGUAGCACAAGAAUUCCCUCCUGCUCAUGCCAGAAACUCCUGUGUGACAGCAUCCAGCCUGGGGGAAGUGUUGGCACCCAACCUCAGCGUCAGGAAGCCAGUUCCUAAAAUAGACCUGGGUCUGCACUACAGUGAGAAGGAAGGCCGCAGAGUGCUCCAGAGGCAGUCAGCUGCAAUGGGAGCCAGUUCUUUCCAGGGCUGCCUGUUCCCAAAGUCGAAAGCAGCUGGAUAGGAAGACCAUGGAAACCCUCUGCUUCCCCCUAACUGUAUGUGCUGAAUAAGGGCUGUCUUUGGAUUUCGCAUUUGAUGAGCUGAGAGGGAACCACUUCUUAAUUCUUCUAUAAUCGGCCUCUACCAAUAAAAAAAAAAGAAACUAUGACUACAGUGCGAUUUGCAGGUUCUACUACAGUCCUGAGAUAGCCCAGGGUUGACUCCCCUCAGCUGCCCCCAAACAAAAGUGUCUCUGUCACGCCGUCACUGUGGCUAAGUUGCAGGGCACCCUCUGGUGAGGUCUGGCCUCAUGGCUGCUUGUCACGUGUGCGCACUGAAUGUGACCACCCAUGGGUUUCUUUCUGCACCUCCCUCAGGAGGCUCGGCUUCCAGUCCUGCAAGUCCAUUCUCUUUCUGUGGGCCAAAAAACACCAGACACAAAGUACCUGUGAGAGCAGGACCACAGUGAUGCCACACACACUGAGCACCGACUCCACAGACCGCUGCCAUCCAGGAAGUGGAGACACGUGCUGCUGUUCGUUCUGGGGAGAGCCCAGCCUUUCACCCUGCAGAUUAGCUCUCUGUCACCUCCCAGGCUUUAUUGGAAUCGCUAGAUUAAGAACUAAUCUUUGACCCUUUGUUGGAAUGCUGCCUGGUUCCAACACAGACUUGAUUUUAUUUUGUUUUGUUUUUUUUUUCUCAUGGUAAAUGGAGAUGUGUGCAGCUUUAUGUGGGGAGUUUUCUACACUACUUUUCAUCUUCUGAAAUAAUGUGGAGAAGUCAGGAAUUUGAGACAACGGGAAAAAGCUGGCACUGCCCUCCAUGGCAUGGCUGGACCACCGACCUUUCUCCUUAUCCUCUCUUGGUGCCGACUUGUUGAUGGUGGGCGUUUGGAGCUUGGGUCACUGCCCUGCCCCUUUCCCGCUGCCUGACCCCAGGUUACAAUUGACGUGAAGAACCCCCUCGGCUAACCUAACCCAUGCUGAUCUCUGUCACAGGGACAGCGGUCUUGACAGUUAAGUCUCAGCACCCACCAGUCCCUUUCUGUAGACAGCUCUGUCCUUCCUUUGGACUCAGUACUCUCUGACUCAAGAAUUCCUUUCUGGUACGUUUUAGUGGGUGCAGGGCUGAGAUUUAAAAACUCCACACCACUAUAAAACUCGGUUAAAAAAAAAAAUCAAAGAGAAAGCAUGGGAUAUCCCCCAGCCUGACUGCACCUGUCAGAGGUUUUCUUAAGAUGGGCUCCUGGUGAUCAUGGCACCGAGCCCCGGCUUCAUAGUGUCGGCUCUGGUGUGAUGGGAAGCGCUGGCGAGUGGAACACUGGUUCCUGUGCCGGAAUCUCUCUCUGAGGGAAGAGGCCACUGACUGCUCAUCUUUUUCAGAAAGCCAGUUAUUUAGCAGGCCAAAUGACUAAGACAACUGCAGCGGCUUUUCCACAGUUGGGUCCCUCUAGCUAGCCAUGGAAGACCAACCCUGUCCCCUCCCUUGACUCUACCGCCCUUCAUCCUCAGCCCCGGUCCAGACGGGGGCCUCUUGCUAACAAAGCACCUAGCAGAGAGCUGCCCGACGGCUCCUCCCUCACUGUCCGUGUCCCGGUAGGAGUGCCUUAUAGUCUAGUGUAAGUAGUCUGACCCACUGGAAGCCUCCAGGACCCUUCAGCUAACUACCCACGGAUCCCUUCGCUCUUCCGGCCGGCUGCUCUUCAGUGCUCACUGCACCCUUGCUGAACCUGGUGCCUUAACUUCACAAGUAAAGGGAUUCACAUCGCACACGCGCUCUUCGAGUGUCACAUCGGUUUCCUCCACGCCGCCGCUGGCACUUUUACCAGGAAGUACAAAAGACAUAACCAUACGAUGUUUUGACCGUAUUUUAUGUUUCCCGGCCACUCUCUGCUUGCUUUUCAUUAACCAAACUCAGGGGAAUGUCAUGUCACCAGGGUCAAGAAAGACGCUAGCUACCCAGAACCGAAUCUGUAAAGUCUACCACCUUGGUGUUUAUUAAGUUCAAAAGUGACACCAACACAAAGAUUUUUUUUUUCUUUUACUGUAGAAAGAUUUUCGGUUUUGCCUCCUGUGUCCCACAUGGGAAGUGGGAAGCCUCUGGGGUGCAUGUUGAUGAUGGUGUCCUCUAUGUGCAGCCUGGGGAGUCCACAGGAGCCACGGAAGCAGGCUUUCCUGUGGGAGUGUUCCGCCUUUGGUCGCCUGUCAGGCUUCCUAGUGUAAAGAGUUAUCCGCUGUCUCUAGGGAAUGGUAAAAGAGGAGAAUGCCAAGGCUGCAGGUGAGGAACAGGAGUGUGGUGAUGCGGAAGGUUUCCGUACAGCGUGUUCUCGGGCUCCUGGAUCAGAUCCGCAUCAUUUCCCCUUGUUUCUGCUCAUGCGGUACAGAAUCAAUUAGGAUUUGGCAUCUGAGCGGGUCCUCACUCCGUGUUAGUUAUUUGUAAUAGCUAAUGUGCUAAUUCGUGUGUUCUUUGUUGUCUGGGCUUUAUUGCCUUUUGUUUUUGGUUAAUUUAUCCAUAUUUUUGUUUACAUUAUUUUUUUAAGAUAGUAACUGUAAUAAUGUAAAAGUGAAGUUGUGCUGUUAACGGGACAUCUCAUUGUUUACAGGUAUCUGUCACAUAAUUUAAGUGCACCCAUUCCAAAUUGUAUAAAGUUCUCUCUCUCAAUAAACAACAAUGAAAGUA